AUGACGACUCCUCCUAAAUCCGAAGAGAAAUCCAACCGCCCAAAUUCACCGAGACCGCAACUCGAAGGUUGGAGGGAGGAUCUGCAGAGCCAUGAACAGGUCGCCAUCGGACAAGAGAGGGAAAGAUCGGAGGCGGAGAUGAAGGCAUUUCUCGAUGACAUUGAAGAGAAGAUAGACGGACCAAAGGAUAUAAGAGGGCAGGAGACGUGA